GGAGAGUCGAGUCCCGAGCUUUCGAUUUUCUAAAUAUCUUUUCAACUCUUCGGAGCCUAUACUAUUGAAAAGAGAUAAUUAGGCACUAGCUCAUUGCUGCAUUUUUCCUGAUCGCGGUUGUAUUGAUUUCAUUUCUACUCACGACGCACGACAAGAUGCCAGCGAACACGGGCGGCGGGAAAGCGGCGAAGGCCAUUCAGGAGGUCGAGAGCAAGGCGCCAGAGGGACCGCCGGAAGCCGCGAAAACCGCAACAAAAGCAGUCCCGAUGAAGACCGCGGCCAUGAAAACUGCUGGUGCUGCACCUGCGUCGAAACAGAAACUAGCAUCAAAAGAGGACAACAGCACAAAAAUUGAAGCAAAAACAACAGCGUCUUCUUCGUCUUCCUCGUCCGGCGCGACGACCACAAAGAGUAGAACUACAACUAAGCAACCUACCAACACCAAGAUCAAGAAGAAACCACAGGACAACGUCGAAAAAGAAAAUGAACAACAAAAACCCGACAUGCACCUUGCCCAAGCGGGAAACACGGGUCGGAAGGAGCCGCGUCGGGGGGCUUUGACCCAGAAAAAAACCGCUGCAUUCGGCAAGAUGGGCGGCAGAGCGCAGGCACUGGAUGCGUUGGAGCGGGAAAACUUUGACGACUUGUGCUUCGCGAUGGAAAAAGGUACUUCAUCACUCGAAUACAUGUUUGGUACAGCUUAAAAACAGAAGUGACAGUCAAUUCAUGCUGUAGUUCGAGGGUGAAGUAAAACAGGACACGUUUACAGUUUCUGCUGUAACAAGUAGUAGAGAAGUCUGUCAUGCACGAAUCGUGAAAUCAAAAUUUCUAUUGCAGUAUCAAAAACCAGGUAUGACCGAGAAGCAGCGCUGGGAGUUUUUGGUAGAACAGGUAAAGGACAUCAAGUUUAUGAAGUCCUUAUCCUGUGCAGAAGUAUCGUACUCGUUGUAUUGCAGUCAUGCAUUAGCAUUACAAAUUUUUUUCUCAAGGUACAUUAUCCGCAUUGCAAAUUUUUUCUCAUGCUGAGGGAAUUUGUCAUGCAUUUUUUAUACGAGUGCAAUACUUUUGCAGUUCAUAGUCCUGGACCCGAAACAAUGUGUUUCUCGACACGAAGGAAGAAGCACAAAACGCCGCCAAGCUCGGGAUCGUAUGAAUUGCAAAUAUGUCCGGGUCUGGAGACCUGUGAUGCUGAAUUGAGCAUGAUUGAAGCGCUUGCAAUGGCAGCCAAGCAUGACAAGUUUUUGCGACGCGUUCUGAUGCCUAGCACGCAUUAUUUGCAUGACAAAGGAAGCUCCUCUUUUGCUGCUCAUGCAACACAGAUUUUCCAGGAAUGCAAGACACGCAACACAAGUUCCACGUGUUCCAGACCCAGACAUUUUUGCAUUUGAUAGAUCGGCCAGGAAGACAAUGAGGGAAAAGAGUCGUUUGACUUGGAGGGCCAGGAGGUUGAUAUGACUUUCAAAAGUAUCGUACUCGUAUAAAUGCAUUACAAAUUUCCUCAGCAUGAGAAAUAAGAUUUGCAAUGCUGAUUUACCUUUAAGAAAAAUAUUUGUAAUGCAUGACUGCGAUACGAGUGCGAUAGUUUUGCACAGGAUCGUUGACGAAAAGGAGCAGUUUGAAGACGAGCUAGAGGAAGACCAACAACUCCAGAACGGCGCCGAAGAGGAUGAUGACGAAAAACAAAACGAGAAAGAACCCUCGAAAAUGAAUAACAAGAAGAAGAAACUGGGGCCGCGAUUGCAACAGGGUUACGAUGUCACGAAGUUGCGAGAAUUUCUCAACACGGGGUUGGUCUCCUGCCGACCCGUCGGGAAGUUGGGACAGACGAUGAAUCAGCCGAGCGGGAUCAAGAUGAGUUUUCUGAUUAACGCAAUUAUGAAGACCGCCACCACGCGCGAACCGUUUACCUGCACCGCAAAGGAUUGGUGGUACUAGUACUAGACAUGGCGCGCUGUGGUUUCUUUGUGAUGUUAUUUCACCUUCACAGCUUGGAAAAGAAAACUGCAGCACUCUGAUGUCCUCGCAUCUGGAUAUGCAUCUGCCAUGCUGCAUUUCAUGUGAUAUACGCUUUAUUCUAAUACGUACGUAGAGUGACAUCCUCAUCGAUUUAUACUGAUUUCCCUCAAAAGGAAAACCCAAGUAUGAGUAAAAUCCAUGCUCUACUGUCAGGUACAGUUCUUGCACCAUCAACAAAGGCGGCAUUACCCGCGUACACUGCGACGCCGGAAACCUCGGCCCCUCCCGCCUGUUUUGCUUCGGUUGGGGCUUCAUUGGCGGACAGACGUGGGUCAUGGCGGAGGGGCAUGAGGUCGACGACCCAACAGUAAAAAUCGAGUGGGUGCCCACUUUUGCGGGCAACUGCAAGUCCGCAGUCCGAAACCGGGCGCAGGAGGUCAGGAAAAUGCAAGACGCGGAGCGGGAAGAAAAGGCGGGCCGUGCUACGGGUGGCCGGGGGAAAAUAAACUCCAGCAACCAGCACGGGGCCGCUGCUUCUGGAGGUGUGUCGUCGUCGAGUAGCAGCUCAUCUACUGCGAAUAAAAAUGGAAAAAGCAACAACAUUAACAAGCCAACCGGAUUGACCGCCAUUACCAGCAGCAAGAACAGUGCGCACAAACUGGAAGCGAUUCGCAUCAUGAAGCUGGACACAAAGCAGAUUAUCACGGCCGACGUAGACUAUCUGGAUGAGGGAGGAUCCUUAGCCGGGAUCGCCCUCCCCUUCAAGCGAGUAGACUGCCGGAACAAGAUCGCUGAUUUUAACUAUCCUCUGUGCAAAAGCUGUAUUGCGCUCGCACUAAUUCCAGGCAUGAAGCACAAAUCUUGUCUUUCAGUGAAAGCCGCACUACAGAUUUCAGUUGUAAUGCAGCUGAGAAAAGUUGUCAUGCGAUAGCGAUUUCUACUACUAGUGAAACUGCAGCGCGAUACUUUUGCAAUGCAUAUCAACGGCAUCCUGCCCCAUUGCACCACCCCUGUGUUUCCCGCCACCUGGGCAAAGGACCGAAGUCUGCGGCCCAAAGAAAUCCAACACGUGGACGACCUGGAGUUUUGCGACUCGCCAGAGAUGGCGCAGCUUCUCCUCGACGCGGCCAACAUAUCAAGCGUGAAAGUGUCUGGGUCUGGAAGAUUCUGAGACUUGUCAUUCAUGUUUUGCAUUGGCCAUGAUGUCUGUGAUGCAUGCCCUAGCAUCACAGAUUUUUUGAGGGCUUCGCGAUGCCUAUUUAUUUUCCGCAUGACAAAUUCCCUCUCCGCGUAGGCAAUCGAUAGCGGUUUUGCAGGUGCAGCCGGGUGGUAGUUAGGAAGUGGGCCGCGUCUCCACCUAGGGGUAUCGGCAGAGGCUAAAUCUGUUCUAACGCCCAGGUAUUGGCAGAGGCUAAAUCUGUUCUAACGCCGACCCGCCAGGAGUUAAAUGGUACUACUACUACUACGCGUAGCAAAAAUUGUAUUCCCUCUGCUGCUCAUGCAAUGCAGAUUUUUUUGGAAUCCAAAUUCAGCAUCACAAGUUGCAUUCUUCCAGACCCAGACAUUUUUACAUUUGAUACAACAACCGGAAAGACGACCAGUUCCAGGAGUGUUGCCGCAUGGUCGCGGUGUGUUACCCACACGGGUGCGCGCUCCCGUCGAAAGCCGUGCCGGAAAGCGUCGCCAAAGUUGUCACGUUCGGGUAUGAGACGAUGGGGCCACGUAUGCAAGGCAGAUGAAAUAGUCGCGUAGUUCUUCCCGAUUGUUGUCGAUUUCUUGUGAUGCAUGAGGCGCGCAAAAAAAUUAAAAUAUGAAUUUGAAAGCUACCUCUUCUUGUUCUGUAAUGCAAUCGGACAUUACAACACACACGACAAAUCGGCUCCACGAAGAUGAACACGCGGAUUUCGUUUUUCCCUCCCACACCAAACCUCCACGAAGCUCGGCUCGCGAUGGACACCUUCCGCCGCGCGACGAACAUUUACGGGCAGUUAGCCAUUGCAGUGACCGACGAGAACGGAAACGAAAUCAUCAAAAACUACCGCGGGACGAAAAAUUACAUCCGGUCAGACAAGUCCAAAAACGACUUCGCCAGAAUCAUCGAAAUUACGAAGAAAAAACUCGGCCCGAACUUCAAGGAGAAGAAGGACGUCGUGGGCUCCUGCCCCAACAAAGAGGAUUGCGAAGCGUAUCCGCUCCACGUCUACGACUGGAUGUUUGAACUGCACGGCUUCAGCGAUUGCUCCCGGAAAGCGCAACUCCAGGAGGGGAACGUCCGGAUUACUUGGAUGACCGAACAAGCGGGUGGAGAAGCAGAAGCAGGCGGUGGUACUGCUGCUGCUGUUGUCAACACCGAGAUGAACGACAAGAAGAACGCCGAACAAGAAGAAGCAGGAGCUGGUCCUGCACCUCCUGCUGCCCCGACAUCAACUACUACAAAGAUGAAAACGAAAAAGGCGGACCGUACCGGGAAGGAGGAGCGCGAGGCGUCCAAGCGACAUGGGCGAGGAAACCUGCGGCACCUAGAAGGCCGAACGUUGACCUGGGUGAAGGGCCGGGAGUUGUGGGGGAAGGGGGAGAGGAGCUACGGAAAACUGGGUUUCCUGCCCUUCCGAGACUGGCCCAAGCACUGGUGGUAUCAACUGCAAAAAUGUGUGGGUCUCGAAGAAUCCGAACUUGUGAUGCUGCAUUUGGAUUCCGAAAAAACCUGUAAGUAUUGCAUAAGCAGCAAAGGGAAUGCAAUUUUGGCUACGCGGAGAGGGCAUUUGUCAUGCGGAAUAGGUAUCACGAAGCCCUCAAGAAGUCUGUGAUGCUGGGGCAUGCAUCACAGACAUCAUGGCCCAUGCAAAACGUGCAUGACAAGUCCCAGAAUCUUGAUCUUCCAGACCCAGACACUUUUGCAUUUCAUAGCUGGUUUUUGAAAGAGCAGGACGUACAGCCGUAUGUGGAUUUGUUGGAGGUACAUAGUACUUAUUCCCCAAAAUUUUUUCUCUACUACGUCUACGACUACGUGAACGGUUUAGAAGUAUUGUCUUGUUGAAAUCAACUACCUGUACCUGCUUCGUUUCACGACCGACGAAGAUGAAGAACUGAAUUUCUACCAUGCUGUUGCUGACACGACGCACAUGGCUCCUUCGUGCAUCAAUGCACCAACUUCCAGCUCUUAUUGCUAAGAAGCGAGCCGAAAAAAAAAUGUCGGAAGAUAACUACUUACUUACAAUCUUUCAUACCUCUACAUACCAGGUCAUGUUCGGCGUCGUGAACCAGAAAGAAUACGAAGCAGCGUUGCAAACCGGACUCUCCAAGGAUGACGCCCUGCAAAAAGCCAGCUGGUUGAAGGAGCCGUGUACCCUGAGAAUUAGUAACACGUCGCUGGAUAUCUACGCGACCCCGCGGUUUGAUAAAAAAGCAAAAGACGUGAUCCACAUCAAAAUGUCCGCCCGGAAAACGGACGACUACCGAUACACCAACGACCACGCGACGGGGCACUGGGGGGAGUUUGAGGAGAAAGUUAAUGCGGACUUCAAAAUUAUGGAAGUGUCAGAAACGAAAUCGUCAAAGUUGAAAUAGUUUGUCAUGCAUAAGAUGCAAGGCAUGGAGUGCCUGUCUUGCCGGGAUGGCAAGUGAGGCAGAUUGUGAGCUUAUUUAGGGUUUGGGAUAGAGCUGCUGAAGGAGCAUGACAAAAAAAGUCUUCUGUGCCCAAACAGCAUGACAAAUGGGAUUCCGGUCGUGCUCCGAAAAUUUGUCAUGCGCCGUUUGAAAAUUGGGCUUCCAACUGGUAUCCAUUUUAUGCAUGACAAAUCAUUUCAACUUUGACGAUUUCAAUCCUGACAGAUCCAUAAAAAUGGUCAUGUCCGACGAGCAGCGGUUGCAGCAAGAGGCCCUGCAGAAGAUGAAGCAACAGCUGAAAGACGAGCGUAUUCUUGCACAGAAAAAAGAGUUAUCCCAGAGAAAAAAGCUGGCAGGGCAUGUUUGUCAUGCAAAAAUAGAUACACAGAAAAAUCUGUCAUGGGCGGACUCAUAGCAUGCUAUUUAGGAUAAUACGCAAUACAAGUUUUUUUGUCAAUUUAUUUUUGCAUUACAAAGAAAUGUGACCUGCCAGCUUUUUUCUGUGUGAUAAGAGCAAGAGGAGGAACAAGGCAAGAAGAUGAACAACGGGAAAAAUAGCAAAACGUCCAAGAGUAGUACCGCGUCUGGCGCACUAAACGUAAAGAAGAAUCAAGAGGAAAAAGAAAAAAAGGUGAAUCCGAACAAGGCGAAGGACAAACAAUCAGCUUCUACGACGACGAAAGCCAACAAGCGCAAGAAGACUGAGGAGACGGAUGGAAGUAAAGAAAAACCCGAUCCGGCGUCAAAAAAGCAGAAGAAAAAGUGAGGGUUACUACCUCAUACAUGAGCUGAUCUUCUUGUUAUGGGAUUUGGUACAAUUUCAAUUUCAUCAUCCGUGUCCGACCUUCUUAGAUGUUGCCAACGAACGUGCUAUUUACGUAGAUUUUUGUUGAAAUCGUAUUCCUACUUUCAAUUGUGCUGCUGCACUGGAGCAAAGACUCCAAAUCCAUCAGCGACCGUUCUUGUGCCGUCCCGCCUUCUCCGUCGAAUAUAUUCCACCUCUCUGUACUAGUGUGAGUAACAGAAUGGACGUUGACGCUAGUCGAGUCUUUUGCUUUUUGUUUGUUCUUCUAUGUUGUUGUACUGACCAAAUACACUUACGCAGCGGUGAAAAGUCUCAUGUUUGAACCGAAACAAAGGAACUCGGUCAUGCCUGCUGCGGUGAUUUUUUUCAACGCAUGGAUUGAAUUGUCGCUAACGAAACUAGGUUCUGGACACUUUUAUGCGCAUUGCUUCUGAUUGUCGAUUCCUUAUUGACAUCCAUCGUCAUCGUCUGAAUGAACAAGGUAGUAGUAGUAGUAUUACCCAUCAAAACGGGGUAAAACGAUAAAUAAAAGAGUCUAUCUAUUUA